CACACAUAUCCAAAAGUGAAAAAUUAGUGCGUAGAUUUGCCAAUUGCGUUGCAUCUUCAAUUUUUAUCGCUCCUAUCUAUCUAAUCUGCGGACAGAACGAACCGGACAACGGAACAACAAACAACGUGAUCGAAAUAAAAAAAACACUCGCUGUGAAGUGUCAAAAUCUGAGAAAAAAAAUAGAGAAAAAUAUAUAACAAACAAAUUACAAUUGAGCGAGAGCAACAGCAAAAAAAAAAAGAAAACACAAAAAAAAAACAACAAAAUUAAAAAUAUUACAUAAAAUUAUUUGUGGAUUACAAUGAAAAAAAAUUGUGAAUGCAUGUGAAUAAUACCGCAAGUUUCGAUAACAAUACUACGGCAUCGAUACCACCACAACCGCCACAACAGCUGAGUGUGUGUGCGUGUGCGUGUGUGUGUGUGUGUGUGUGAAGCAUCAAUCAAGUGUUUUUGUCCUGCCCUCCGUCUCUGUUUCCGUCUCUCUCUCUCGCUGUGACUUCAACCCUCGAACGUGAGGGGUGCUGAAUAUAUCGAAGAGGAAGAACAAUUGGGCGACCGGGCGUUAUAUUGUACGGCGUAUUCUUGCGGCGACUGACCUGUGGCAAUCGAUUGCUCUACAACAGCAGCAGCAGCAGCGGCAGCAUGGCAUAUCGAGGCAUUAUCGGCACCACUUCCGAUGGCAAGAAUCCCCGUGAAACUGAUAGCGAUUCUUUCGAUGACAUCCUCACCGAACCCAGUGCCGAGGUCAUGGUCCCAGUGUCACGUCGCAACAACACUAAAGGCCUCUCCGUUGACUCCUACGAUGGCCCCGCCCCAACGCCGCAAACAUUGCUGAAGGCGAACCGUUUGGCUUUGACCACAACCACGACGCGUUGCAACUGCGACAUGACCGAUUCACCGGAUGCUGAUAAGCCCGAUGCUGAUAAUGAGCUAACUAAUGAAAUUUCGGCACCUUAUGAAGUACCUCAAUUUCCCAUUGAACAGAUUGAAAAGAAGCUGCAAAUCCAACGGCAUCUCAAUGAGAAGCAAUCGACUGUGCCACGAGUUGUGCCCUAUGCCGGCACCCCGAACUCUGAGAGCAGUCCCGAUUCCGAUGAUCAGAUGUCGACGGAGAAGCGCGAAACCGAUGCGGACAUCAAUUUCCAGCGUGUGUCCGUUUCGGGCGAAGACACGAGCGGUGUGCCCCUGGAGGAUCUGGAGCGUGCCUCGACCCUGUUGAUCGAGGCGCUCAAGUUGCGCUCUCACUACAUGGCCAUGUCGGAUCAAUCGUUUCCCACAACAACGGCCCGAUUCCUGAAGACGGUGCGUCUCAAGGAUCGCUACGAUAACAUGCCGGCUAAAUCGGUUUCAGACAUAAUUCGCAAACAGAGUAUGGCGACCUACAAAGAUCUCCUCAACCAGACGCCAGUGAAGCACACGCAUGCCUGGGACGUUGAGUUCGUACCGGACGAGGACUAUCACAUAAAACCCCUAAAUGGCGUCUUUCACAUCUAUACGGAUAAGGAACAUUCUGGCGAACUCAAGUUCGAGUAUCCGGACAUGAAUCAGUUCGUAAAUGACAUGCAGGUCAUGUGUAAUAUGAUUGCCGAUGGCCCACUGAAAUCAUUUUGCUAUCGUCGACUGUGCUAUUUGUCGUCGAAAUACCAGAUGCAUGUGCUGCUUAACGAACUCCGCGAACUUGCCGCCCAGAAGGCGGUGCCACAUCGCGAUUUUUACAACACCCGAAAGGUGGACACUCACAUCCAUGCGGCGUCGUGCAUGAAUCAGAAGCAUUUGUUGCGUUUCAUUAAGAAGACACUGAAGAACAAUGCCAACGAGGUGGUCACCCAUACGAAUGGUAAACCGAUGACACUCGCUCAGGUGUUCCAAUCGAUGAACUUGACCACAUAUGAUCUAACUGUUGAUAUGUUGGAUGUGCACGCCGAUCGCAAUACGUUCCAUCGUUUUGACAAAUUCAAUUCCAAAUACAAUCCCAUCGGUGAGUCGCGAUUGCGUGAGGUCUUUCUCAAGACGGAUAACUUUUUGAAUGGCAAAUACUUUGCACAAAUUAUAAAGGAAGUGGCCUUUGAUCUGGAGGAGUCAAAGUAUCAGAAUGCUGAGUUGCGUCUCUCGAUCUAUGGCAAAUCACCGGAUGAGUGGAACAAACUGGCCAAAUGGGCCAUCGAUAAUGAUGUCUACAGCACGAACAUACGUUGGCUGAUUCAAAUACCUCGACUGUUCGAUAUCUUCAAGUCAAACAAAAUGAUGACAUCAUUCCAGGAGAUACUCAACAAUAUCUUUCUUCCACUGUUCGAGGCGACAAACAAGCCCAAUGAAAAUCCCAAUUUGCAUCGUUUCUUGCAUUAUGUGAUUGGCUUCGAUUCGGUGGACGAUGAGUCCAAGCCAGAGAAUCCACUGUUUGAUAGCGAUGUGCCACGACCCGAGGAAUGGACCUACGAGGAGAAUCCGCCAUAUGCCUACUAUAUCUACUAUAUGUAUGCCAAUAUGACGGUGCUGAACAAGUUCAGACAGCAACGUGGUCUGAAUACGUUUGUGCUGCGACCGCAUUGCGGUGAGGCUGGACCCGUGCAGCAUUUGGUCUGUGGCUUCCUCAUGGCUGAGAACAUUUCGCAUGGCCUGUUGCUGCGCAAGGUGCCGGUGCUGCAGUAUCUGUACUAUUUGACACAAAUUGGCAUUGCCAUGUCACCGCUGUCGAAUAACUCGCUCUUUCUCAACUAUCAUCGCAAUCCAUUGCCCGAAUAUUUGGCACGUGGUCUAAUUAUCUCGCUAUCUACCGAUGAUCCGCUACAGUUUCACUUCACUAAGGAACCGCUUAUGGAGGAGUACAGCAUUGCGGCCCAGGUGUGGAAGCUCAGCUCCUGCGACAUGUGUGAAUUGGCUCGCAACAGCGUCAUCAUGAGCGGCUUUCCGCAUAACAUCAAACAACAAUGGCUGGGUCCACACUAUUUCGAGGAUGGCAUCUUGGGCAACGAUAUAACACGCACCAAUGUGCCAGAGAUUCGUGUCGCCUAUCGCUAUGAGACCUUGUUGGAUGAGCUCACCAAUAUAUUCAAAGUGAAUCAAAAAUGCCACUUGAAGGAAGCCAAAUAAAGCGUUAGUUUGUCACAGCAAAACAACAACAA